UGAUCUUCUGCUCAAAACAGAAGUUAGUUCCUGAUCUGAAACAAUUAGGCUACAGGCUUGAGUUGACAAUGUGUGAGCGAAAUGUGUUCAGCCUGCUCUGCGUAAUUUUUGCAUUGAAUGUUGUUCGUGCGGACGUCCGCUUCGCCUCCUAUUAUGGCGAUCACAUGGUGCUGCAGCAGGCUCCGGCUCGUGCAGUGCUGUGGGGAUAUGGGUCAGACCAGUACAAAGUCUCUGUCAUUUUACAAGGAACAAACCUCUACCACACAGCAGAUGUGUAUGUGCAAAACGGGGUAUGGAGGGUGACUCUGCCACCCACGAAGGCCGGUGGCCCCUAUUCUGUGAAUGUCUCCCAGCAAGGUUCCCAGGUCACCUUGACAGACCUGAUGUUCGGGGACGUGUGGAUGUGUGGAGGGCAAAGCAACAUGUACUUCACUGUUUCUCAGGUGUUCAACGCAUCAGCUGAGAUGGCCCUCGCACCACAAUAUCCCAACGUACGAAUCUUCAUGGCCGCCUUAAACUUGAGCCAAGAAGAGCUGAUUGAUCUGCAGAAGGUGCAGAUGCCCUGGUCUGUCCCCACUGCAGAACGGGUGGGUCACUUCUCGGCAGUGUGCUGGCUGUUUGGGCGGUACCUGUACCAGGUCCUGGGGUACCCGGUGGGGCUGGUGGAGUCCUGCUGGGGGGGGACCCCUGUGGAGGCCUGGUCCUCCUCCCAGGCCCUUCACAAGUGUGGCCUGGAGAAGCAGGAAGACGUGUUCAGCAGUGACUCUUAUACCUCUCCAGACGACAUGGGACCAGCACCAAAGAGACAAAACUCAGUGCUCUGGAAUGCCAUGAUCCAUCCUUUCCUCAACAUGACAAUCAAGGGAGCCAUUUGGUAUCAAGGUGAGGAUAACGCAGCAUACCACCUGGAAAAGUACUCCUGCUCAUUCCCCGCCAUGAUCGAUGACUGGAGAGCGGCGUUCCACCUGGGCUCAGGAGGACAGACCGCACCAGACUUCCCUUUUGGAUUCGUCCAGCUGAGCACAUGGAAGAAGACUGAAGACGGUUUCCCAGUUCUGCGCUGGCACCAGACAGCGGACAACGGCUUUGCUCCAAACCCGCGCAUGAAUAACACCUUCAUGGCCGUCGCCCUGGACCUGCCUGAUGAAAAGUCACCUUGGGGCAGUAUCCACCCGCGGUUCAAGCAGGACGUGGCCUAUCGGCUGACACUGGGGGCACGAGCCGUGGCGUACGGUGAAAAGGGCGUGUCCUUCCAGGGCCCAUUUCCUGAUUCAGUCCAGCUGAUUGGAGACAGCAUCAACAUCACCUACAAUCAGCCAGUCUCUGUCACCCCCACCAAAUCUGUGUUUGAGAUCUGCUGCACCGAAGAAAAAAAGCCCUGCAACGGCAGUUCAAAAUGGCUGCCAGCUCCCACAAUGCAGUGGGGGGAGAGAUACGUGCAGGUGUCUGUUUCCAGGUGUGAGAGUGUGGUGUCGGGCCUGCGCUACGCGUGGAGUGACUGGCCCUGUGAGUUCAAAGCCUGCCCAGUCUACAGCGCCGACCGAGGGCUUCCCGCCCCGCCCUUCACCCUGAACCGCUGGCCGCAGCCCUGAAACACAGAAUCACUGUUUGUGCAGAUCGGUGCUGGGAAUGUAAAAAAUCUGACCAGUAAAACGAUGCUUCAGUUAAAAACAAGAUCAGUAGCUACAUUCAUGAGUUAUGGAACAAGUAAAAGCAACGUUUAAAACAGUAAUAUAACAUGUCAUCCGAUGGAGAGCUUUAUACCUUAAAAUGCACACUCAUCUUACACCGAUAAGCAAGUGGAAACCAUCUAAGCCUGCAGUACAAGGACUCAGAUACUGCAUCAGUAGAUUUACAAUUUUAAAUGAUUGGCGUGGACCUUUUCAUUGGUCUGUCUAAGCGUCACUACCACAUUUUCCCCAGAUGGACAAGCAGUAGUCAAAGUGAGGCAAAAUAAAGCUGUUAAAAAAACUAUUUUUAACAUUGCGGAAGAAAAUGUUGGAUGUGUGAGAGAAUGAACUCCAUACUCCUCUGUGUUUUACACACACACAGAUGUUGGAUGUGUGAGAGAAUGAACUCCAUACUCCUCUGUGUUUUACACACACAGAGAUGGUAGAAUUUCUUCAGGUCAUAAAUUAUAUUUUUAUUCAGAAAAUCAGGGAAUGCAGAAAUGCCAUAAUUAAAAUUGCCCCAAAAAGAGUCGGGCGGGACACUGGCGUUAAGUUAAAUCAUUUCAACACAUUCUCAGAUAGAUAUAUAGAUACUCAACACCAGUAUCAAGUAACGUUAGCUAGUGCCAUGUCUUUUAUAUAAUUUGUAUAGAUAUAUCGAUUUAUCGACAGAUUGUCUCAAAUUAAUUUAUAUAGAUAGAUAGGCUAGAUAGAUGUUGAUAUUUGAUGUUGAUGUUGCACUUUUCCUAGUAGGUCGGAAAAACUUGACUUCCGAGUAGGGUUGUCACAUUUGAUUUGUGAAAAACCGGGACAUUUGACGCGCCAUUAUCCAUUCAAAAAUGCUCUCUUUUUGCCUAGUCUUGAGUUGUACGUUGUCUGUCUUUUUCCUUUCUUUUUUAAUAUAAAUAAAUAAAAAAUAAAUCAAAGUAUUACGAGAAUACCUAUAGGGUAGUAGCUAGCUGAACUUUCCUACGGUGGGGUCGUUAAAGUGAAUGCACGCGCCAGAGUGACAGCCCGUGCAGUUGCUAGGUGAAAAGGUAAACUUUCGUAUUUCUGCUACCAAUUAAAAAGAAGUAUAGGCAUAUGGCCCAAAUUCAGAAAAAUCCGAUUUUAUUUGGAACUCCGAUAUUUAGAAGUACUACAAAAAACCGGGACAAUUCGUGUCCCGGGGAAGAAUAGUGGCAAAACCUUGAAGGACGUCAGGUCAGGCCAAUCACUCGGAAAGCGCUGUGACAUAAUAACGAAUUUCACUUUUGCAUAAUAAGGGUGUUAAACCAAAAACAGACUAUUUAACAAUCUGCAGAACUGUAUUAUGAUUACGUGUUUUAUUAAGUGUUUUAAUUUUACUAGACACAUUUACCGAAUACACAUUGUUUUUUCGUGAAUAAGCAUGUUAAGCACUGUCCAAUUUUACCAAAAGGUGUUUGGUAAAAUGGGACAAUAAUUUCAGCUAAAUUGGGACACUUGUUUUAAGCGUUAAUAGUUGCAAUACGAUGGCAAUUUUAUCAAUUAUGCAAAUCAUUCAUUUAUUGUAAUUAUCUUUGUAUUCACACAACACCUGAUUCCUUAUUUUACUAAGUUCAGCCCUUCUAUAAGAUAUCAUUUACUAUGUCCGAUUGUGCCUGAGUGCCAACCAAAUCUCAGCCCUUUCGCCUCCCACACAGACGUGGGGGUAUCUCCGGUUAAUCCGCUCACCUCGUAUUGGGCUUGCGGAGGUCAUGUGGGUUAUCCACUCCCGAGCGUAAUGCUGAACUUCCACUUCUGAAAAUGAAUGUCCCAAUUUACCUUACAAGCUGUCCCCUGUUACCUGAACAUGCCAUCAGUGUGAGAGAAAGGGCCUUGGUGCGUUUGAAGGUUAGUAGUUUCUAAACAAGUAUACUUUACAACAUAAUUUCAAAACAGAAAUAGUGCAGAGAUCCGUGAUUCCAAAAACUAAAUUGGGGGCCCUUGUGAACCACAACUGUGGAUUGUGCACUAAAUAGCAAUAUGAAUUUACCAACUACAUGAAGUAGAUAUUUCUAAAUUAGUUUGAUGGGCAAUCUAUGAGAUUGUUUGAGGGGAUUGUUUGAAGGGAGGAUUGUCUCUGGAUAAGAGCGUCUGCCAAAUGCCAAUAAUGUAAUGUAAUGUAAUUAUAUAGCCUACAUUUUCUGGGCUGCGUUUCCCUAAGCCUUCUUAACGUUAUGUCGACAUUGUACCUUAAACGGUACCUUAACGUUUCAGCGUGUUUCCCGAAACAUUCUUAGCUAAGUUAACCUUCUGUAAGUGAUACUUUCGUAGGGUUGGUCUGGACCACUCUUAGCUGCUGUUAGUUCAUGAUCUGAAAUAAUUAGGCUCCAGUUGACGAUGUGUGAGCGAAAUGUAUUCAGUCUGUCUGCUCUAUUUUGCUAAAUGCAUAAUGUAUGUUUACUGUGCGUGGGAUAGCUUGCUCACUAAAAGUCCUUUGCUCUUACAAUGAUAUUACAACAGAAAUCAAUAAUCAGUACAUUGUAUACUCAAAAGAUAGGGUAAUCUACAGGCAAUCUGUGAGAUUGUUUGAGAUUAUAGCCUGCAUUUCCUGGGCUGCCUGUUUCCAGAAAUAUUCUUAGCUAAGUAUACCUUCUGUAAGUGAUACUUUCGUAAGGUUGGUCUGGACCACUCUUAGCUGUACCUAAUCGAUGUUGACAGAUCACUCCGCUAGUGGCCACCACUGUUUCGACCGCAAGCCUCUGAAAUCAGAUGUUGCUUUUAGUUACAUCUCAAUCUGUUAAGCAAUAUGUACACUAAUAAUUCUACAGUUGUA